AUGGAAUGCAGGCUUCUUCUAAUUAGGUCGGCUCCUCUGAUCGUCACGUUCCUGCUCGAGUAUUCGUUCACUGCGGCCAGUAUUUUUGCGGUCGGGCAUAUUGGGAAAGUCGAGUUAGCAGCCACUGCGGUGGCGAGCCUCACGGCUAACAUCACCGGGUAUGCGAUAUAUCAAGGACUGGCGACCAGCCUCGACACGCUGUGCCCUUCUGCCUACGGUGCCGGUCGGAAGGAUCUCGUUGGCCUUCAUUGUCAACGCAUGGUUUGCUUCCUGUGGUUCAUGACCGUCCCGAUUGCAAUUGCAUGGGUCUGCGCGGAUAGUAUUCUGAAGAUCUUUGUACAGCCCCAGAUUGCGGAGAUGGCAGGUGCAUACCUGAGAGUCCUGGUCCUGGGUACUCCUGGAUACGCUGCGUUUGAGUGUGGGAAGAGAUUCAUGCUGGCCCAGGGCCUCUUCUCCGCGACGGUGUGGAUUCUGCUCUUUUGUGCCCCGCUAAAUGCGAUCUUGAACUAUCUUUUUGUCUGGGUCUUUAACUGGGGUUUUAUCGGAGCCCCAAUGGCCGUUGUCGUGGUAGAGACGCUGAUGCCCACCCUCCUCGCCGUCUACAUUGCCUGCAUUGCGGGAUCUGAAUGUUGGAAUGGCUUCACACGCGCGGCCUUGCAAGAUUGGUGGCCAAUGGUCCGGCUUGCCCUUCCGGGGAUGCUUAUGGUGGAGGCAGAACUCAUGGCAUGGGAGCUCCUCACAUUGGCCUCCAGUUUCAUUUCCGUCGAACACCUCGCUGCGCAGUCGACGAUCGCGACCUUGGGGGCAAUCGCCUUCAAUUUCCACUUUCCGAUCUCCAUCGUUGCUGCCACUCGCGUAUCCACAUUGAUCGGCGCGGGCCACGCAGAUGCCGCUAAGGUGGCAGCAAGGGUAUCAGGGCUUACUGCUCUCGUCUUCGGUCUUCUUGUGGCCACCCUUCUUGGGGCCCUUCGGAACCAACUUCCAGAAUUAUUUACAGGGAAUCCAGAGGUGAUCCAUCUUGUCAGUACGGUUUUGCCGCUGGUGGGCAUUUCUCAGGUCUUUGACUCGCUAGCCACUUCCUGCAAUGGCCUAUUGCGAGGACUGGGAAAGCAAACCGUUGGAGGUAUUACCGCUCUGAUUUGCUACUACGGGGUGGGAAUUCCAGUCUCCCUGGCUCUAGCCUUUCAUUUUCAUUGGGAGCUGCAGGGGCUGGCAGUGGGAACGGCAUUGGCUUUGUUGCUGAUUGCCCUUAUUGAAGGCAUAUUUAUGGCCAAUGCUCGUUGGGAGGGCAUCGUGGAGCAGGCAAACCGUCGAAAUGCGGAAUCUGCUUGA